AUGAUCAAGAUUAUGAAUUGGUUUUCAAUGGUCAUAGGCCUUAUUCCCCUGAAUCGCCAGGAGGUGGGCUCGAAUGUUAUUGUAGAUUACGCCAUGAUGUUCAUUGUGCCCAUCAUUUAUGUGGCCUGCUAUUUGACCAUCAAUUGGAUGCAUGCCUUUGGUGUCUGCCUGCUGGAUUCCUGCAACAGUGUCUGCAAGCUGAGCAAUAAUCUGUUUAUGCAUCUGGGUGCCUUCCUCUACCUGACCAUCACCUUGAUGAGCCUGUAUCGCCGCAAGGAUUUCUUUCUGCAGUUCGACGAACGAUUGAAUGCGAUCGAUGAGGUCAUCCAGAAGUGCCGUCGAGUGGCAGAAAUGGACAAGGUUAAGGUCACUGCGGUGAAGCAUAGUGUGGCCUAUCAUUUCACCUGGCUCUUUCUAUUCUGCGUGUUCAGUUUUGCCCUAUACUAUGAUGUCAGGGCUUGUAUAUGUAAGACCUUCGGCCACUUCGCCUUCAUUCCGUUCAUGGUUUCCAGCUUCCCGUACUUGGCCGGCAGCAUUAUCCAGGGCGAGUUCAUCUAUCACGUGUCGGUCAUCUCGCAGCGCUUCGAGCAGAUUAACGCUCUGUUCGAGAAGAUUAACCAGGAGGCCCGCCAUCGCCAUGCACCCCUCACGGUCUUCGAUAUCGAGAGAGGGAAGAAGGAAAGGAAGACCAUUACGCCGGUAACGGCCAUGGAUGGCAGGACGACUGGCACGUUUGGCAAUGAACACAAGUUGGCUGGUGAAAUGAAGCGCCAAUUGGGACAACAAAAGAACGAUGAGGACGAUGUGGACUCCAGCAAUGAUGAGGACGAGGAUGAUUUUGAUUACGACAAUGUCACCAUUGCCGAAAAUACAGGAACCACCUCGGAGGCCAAUCUUCCCGACCUGUUCAAAUUGCACGAUAAAAUCCUAUCACUAAGUGUGAUAACAAAUGGUGAAUUUGGGCCACAGUGUGUACCCUAUAUGGCAGCUUGUUUUGUGGUCAGCAUCUUUGGAAUUUUCCUCGACACAAAAGUCAACUUUAUAGUGAGCGGAAAGAGCCGACUGUUGGACUAUGUGACCUAUUUGUAUGUGAUCUGGAGCUUCACCACCAUGGUGGUGGCCUACAUCGUGCUCCGGCUGUGCUGCAAUGCCAACAAUCACUCCAAGCAAUCGGCAAUGAUUGUCCAUGAGAUCAUGCAGAAGAAACCCGCCUUUAUGCUUAGCAAUGAUCUUUUCUACAACAAGAUGAAGUCCUUUACCCUGCAGUUCCUUCACUGGGAAGGUUACUUUCAGUUCAAUGGAAUCGGACUGUUUGCCCUGGACUAUACAUUUAUAUUUUCGACUGUGAGUGCCGCCACAUCCUAUUUAAUUGUCCUGCUGCAGUUCGACAUGACUGCAAUUUUGCGCAACGAGGGUCUGAUGUCGUAA